AUGGCGGAGGAGGCGCACGCCCGUGCGAAGGCGGCCAUGGACCUCGCGACGGAGAUGCAGCUCGCUAGGCUACUGAUGCGGGAUGCGCAGCAGCUGGAAGAAAGGGCCAAAGAGCAAGGUGUGACAGCGUACCUCCAGAAACCUGUGCACCGCGAACGGCCCAACGAGCGGUUCCUGAGGAACACGCUGAGUAGCGUUGCCUUUGCCAAUCGCAGGGUCGAUGAGGACCAGAUGUGGAGAGCAAGGGAUCAGCAACGCCACUUGGACGAAAGGAAGGGGCGGUCAAGGGAUGGCCGCACAAGCAAGAGGAAACACAGGAGCUGCAGCCCCACCUGUGAGCGCACAAGGCUGGACUCCUGUUGUGUUAUCUCAGUGAGGAGGACAUGCAAGCCAGCAAGGUACAGUGAUGUCGAGCUCCAAGCAUCCCCAUGCCCAGCUCCAGCGGGCUCCCUGGAGGCUGCGCAAAGUUCUCCUCACAAAAGGGCGUGCACUGCGGAGGGAAUGGAUGCUGCACAGCUGGACGCCUUUCUGUCACGUCGGCGGACAAGGGGCAGGGGAGCGGUUGGCUCUCAUAUGGAGCAUGCAGGGCCUUUCGAGGAGGAGGCAGCGACUCCCAGCCCAACGGCGGGAGAGGACUCUUCGCGGCACCCAAUUGGCCCGAUCGUUCCAGAUUGGCUUGUGAGGGAACCGAGGACAGAAACAACUGAUGCGAGUGGGAGCCCGGGAGGCAGAAAGCACAGGAGCCGCAAGAAAGAGGGAAGAGAGAAGGAAAAGAAAGCGAAGGUGAAGACGAAGACGAAGAAGGUAGGCAAGAAGACUAAGAGAGGGAAGGAUGAGCGCAGCAAAGGGAAGAAACACCGAGCAAAGAAAGCGGCGAAGGAAAGGGAUAGUGGUGGAGAAUGA